GAACCGGACACACGUCGGACGGACGGUGGCCGGCUGCCGUCCACGUCCACCAUCACUAGCGGAGCCCUGCAGAGACUACAACAGCAAACGACCACCACCAGGGACCUGCCGCCGGCGGCCGCCGACGAUUGGCUGUUUGUCGAUUGGCUGGACGGCGGCGGUGCAUCAACAGGUGCAGCAGCAGCAGUAGCCCAUCAGCACCACCAGCAACAGCAGGACGCCACCAUGAUCAUGGAGUGCACCGCCCUGGAGCCCGGCGUAGUCGGGUCUCACCAUCACGGUAACCACCAUCAUCAUCAUCACCACCACCAUCCAUAUCUGCUAGCCGAGUCCGCGGCGGCAGUGACCACAGUGGCUGCCGCGGCCGCGGCUGCCGGACACUUUAACGUGCUCAGCUUCGAACCGUACAAAGGCGGCGCCGCCACCGGAGGCGGCAGCGGUGCCGGCAAUUCUGCGUGCCAUAGUCCGGCACAGGGAAACGCGGGCACGGAUCUCAACACGCCGGUGACGACCAGCGCCGAAGUACCCUCGUUCUUCGGACCGUCCACGGUCGUCGAACCACCACUAAUCACAGGUUCGUUGCAGGACACGGACGACAGCGUUGUCAAUCGGAACGCCGUUGAACACAAGCUCGAAGUGUCGCUACAGUUGAAAACCGAAGCCAUCGGCGUCGACCCAGAUCAGGACGAUGCAGCCGGCGGACAGGACGUCAUGUACGCGACCAACAACCCGUCGGCCGGUAUGUCGUCCAGGAUUAGUUACAGGUUCUCGACCAACAGUCCCAUGCAGACGGUGGUACCGCCGACGACCUCAAACAGUUCCUCAAACAACAGCAACCACCUAAACACGUCGUGGCUCCUACCCAGCCCGGACAAGAACAUAUUCCCACCUCUGUUCAGCCUGCUUCAGCCGCAGUCGUCGAGCACGCCCACCUCUUACCACGGCUCGAGUCCGCAUUACGACGACAGAUCUCAACAAAGUCAAGUGGAACUACUCGGGCUGAGCAUAGAAUGCGGCGGCAAACAACAGCAACCGCCCACGUACACGAGUUGCGGAAACGACCAGGAUCUCAUUUACCACAACAACCGCGGUCAACAAAUGCAAAUGCAGCAACAACAACAGCAGCAGCAACCGUCGCCGGUGAGCAAGUAUCACUGGCUAGACUCGCCCGUCGAGUACGGCCAACCGCAACAACAGUUACAGCCGCAACAACAGCAGCAACAACAAAUGAUCCCCAAACAAGAGUUUGGCGGUGUCAUCAACGUGGACGUGCAGUCACCGGGUUCGUCGAGCGUGUCGCAAGGAGGUGGCGGCGCCUACAGCGUUCAAUUAGCCGAGUACAACCCGUCGACCAGCAAAGGCCACGAGAUCUUGUCGCAAGUGUACCAACAGUCGUCACUGCCGCUCAAGCUGGUGCCGGUCAAGCCGCGCAAGUACCCCAACCGGCCCAGCAAGACUCCCGUGCACGAACGGCCGUACGCCUGCCCGGUAGAGCACUGCGACCGCCGGUUUUCUCGGUCCGACGAGCUCACCAGGCACAUACGCAUACACACCGGCCAAAAACCGUUCCAGUGCCGGAUAUGUAUGCGAUCAUUUUCCCGGUCCGACCACCUGACCACGCACAUUAGGACGCACACUGGCGAAAAACCGUUCACGUGCGACGUGUGCGGCCGCAAGUUCGCCCGUAGCGACGAGAAAAAACGGCACGCCAAGGUUCACCUGAAGCAACGGACGAAGAAAGAAACGAAAAUGGCCGCUUUGCUCGCUCAACAACAACAACAGCAGCAGCAGCAACAACAACAACAACAGCAACAGCAGCAGCAGCAGCAGCAACAACAACACCAGAACACGGCUCAACACAUGCAUCACAUGGGAUUUCAGCCUGGUGACGGUGGACACAUGUAAACAAUUUUUAAAAACGUAUAAUUAAUAUUAUUAUAUACUCAUGUAUUAUGUCUUUUUUACGUUAGAGUUUUCCUCUUUCUUUUUGUUUGAUUUUUCACUUUAUAUAUAUUUUUUACAUUGUUCGUAUUCGACGACUUGUUACGAUUAUACCUGUUACACGGGACUUAUAUUUUAUAUAUUGCAUAAAAAACAAUCAAUAUCUCGAGCAAAUGCAGAAAGAAAGAGAAAAAAUGAUGAAAGAGUGAGAGAACGCGAGCAAGUAUACCGUUACCAUUUAGUAUGCAGUUUUGUUGUUUUAUAAUAUAUACUUACCUAUGUGUGUUUGUAUGUAUUGUCUCACGCUUGUUCGAACAUUUUGGAUCACAGAGUAUUUACAGGGACGGCCGGUGGAGCCAUUGCGAGAACAACAAAAACAGGGACGUUACGUUAUUUUUUUUACUUUUAAAAUUAUUAAUAACGAUUAAAAAGCGCUUUUUUCUAUUUUCUGUAAAAUAUUAUUCUUUACACACCGAUCGCUAUAUCGCAGCGGAGAGAGAUCAGGGUCGUCAUUAAAAGUAGAAAGACCACACAUCCACUCCAACUUUUUUACACACACAAGCACAUGGCCUUUUGUACUUAUGAGCUCGUCCAUUUACACCCAUUUACGCCCAUAUAGCUACGUUGUUAAUAAUUAUUUAACUGUAUAAAAACACUAGUGUAGAAUAGGAUUUCGUUUCUAAUCGAGUUUCGCCAAUCUGUGAUCUGUUUUCAUAUUUAUAUACAUUUUGGUAUUUGCCAUCAUUGAGCUGGACUCAAUGAUAAAUCUAUUUUCACUUUUUGGAAUUGCAGUGUUUUUUUAUUACCCUCCUAUCCUGGGUACAUAUUUAAUAACAAUAAUAUAAAUAAUAACGUAAUACUUUUCAUCACAAUAUAUUACCUAAUAAAGAUUAUAAUUGUAAUAUUAUUAUACAUAGAUAUAUAGCUACACGUAUAGCUAAGCGUAUAAUACUAUUCCAACGUUGUGUGUUGUUUUUGCGUGUGGUUCGUUAAAAAUCAUAUUUAACAAUAUGUAAAACGUAUUAUAAGAAUAAUAUACUGUGUUAUAAUGCGUUUACCCUGGAUAUCCUGGUGGACAUAUAAUAAAGGAUCGAGUUUGUUUAUAAAAAAAAAAAAA